GUGGGAGAGCCAGUUCCAGCCUCUGGAGAACCAGUUUCCAGCUCGAGAAUCCCAGUAUCCAACUCAGGAGAACCAGUUUCCAGCUCGAGAUUCCCAGUUCCAGGCUCUGGAGACCCAGUAUCAGCUUCACGAGACCCAGUUUCCAGCCCGUGAUUCCCAGUAUCCGGCUCAUGAGAACCAGUUCACCACCUGCGAUUCCCAGUAUCCAGCGCACGAGAACCAAUUCCAGCCUCUGGAGAACCAGUUUCCAUCUCGGGAUUCACAAUAUCCAGCUCAUGAGAACCAGUUUGCUGCCUGCGAUACCCAGUAUCCAAGCCCAGAAAACCAGUAUCAGGCACUGGACAGCCAGUUUCCAGCCCGUGAUUCCCAGUACCGGGCUCAUGAGAACCAGUUCCCUGCCCGGGAAAACCAGUUCCAGGCUCUGGAAAACCAGUUUCCGGCCCGCGAUUCCCAGCAUCCUGGCCGGGAUUCACAGUAUCCGAACCCUGAGAACCAAUAUCCGAGCCGGGAUUCACAGUACCAGGCACUGGAGAACCAGUUCCCGGCCCGGGAUUCACAGUAUCCUGGCCGGGAGAGCCAGUUUCAGAACCGUGACUCCCAGUUCCCUGCCCGAGACAACCAGUACUCCACCCCGGAGAGCCAGUAUCCAAGCCGCGACUCCCAGUACCAGGCCCAGGAGAACCAAUAUCCUGGCCGGGAUUCUCAGUACCAGCCCAGAGACAACCAGUACCAGACCCGGGAAAACCAGUUCCCCACCCAGGACAACCAGUAUCACAGCCGGGAUUCCCAAUACCAGCCUAGAGAGAACCAGUUUGCUGCUCGGGAUUCUCAGUUCCCAGCCCAGGACAACCAGUAUCCUGGCCGGGAUUCCCAGUAUCCAGGUCGGGACGGGCCCUAUCCGGGCCGUACGGACCAGAGCGCCCAGUAUGGGGCCCGGGAUUCCCAGUAUGGGGCCCGGGAUGCCCAGUUCCAGCCUCCACUGGAGCGGGAUGGAGCCUUCCCACCCCCAGAUGGGCACUAUGGAGGCCAGAUGGACCGGGACACCCCCUACGGGGGCCGUGAGGGGCUGUAUGCCAAGCGUCGGGGCCGUGAUCGAGGCCAGCUGAGCCGGGGUGCAUCACGGAGCUCCAGCCCCGGGGCCAGUGUGGGGCCUCUCCCCACUGUUGACAGCCCCAGCCCUGGCGCCACCCUUCAGAGGAAGUCCGACUGCGAGAGCUCCCGCACCGUCAGUGUGGAGGGGGAGCCGACAAGCAGCGAGGGAGGUGCCAUGGGGGAGGGGGCCGGGGGGCCGGGGCCUUACCACUGCAGCCCCGAAGGAGGCAAGGGAGGGGACUUGGGGCCCUCACGUGGCCCCGCCCCCGGCCCUGGCCCCGCCCCCGGCCCUGGCCUUCCCUGGGCCCAGCGCGCCCGGCUGCAGCCUGCCAGCCUGGCCCUGCGCAAGCAGCAGGAGGAGGACAGCAAACGCCCCAAGGCCCUGUCUGACAGCUAUGAGCUCUCCACCGACCUGCAGGACAAGAAGGUGGAGAUGCUGGAGCGCAAGUAUGGUGGGUACUUCCGGAGCCGGCGGGCGGCUCGCACCAUCCAGACUGCCUUCCGCCAGUACCUGAUGACUAAGAACUUCCAGCGGCUGCGGGCUGAGAGCCGGGGUCGACGCCUGGCACUGUCCAACCUGCGCUUGCAGUUUUCCUUUGAGGAGUAUGACCGUGGCCCACCUGCUGGCCCCCCACCGGCCCCCUACUUCCAGGGCAAGCCAGCCUCCCUGGACGAAGGCACCAUGGCUGGUGCCCGGCCCUUGCCCCUUGACCGGGGGCCACUGCCCUACGGCGGGGGGCCUGGGCCAGGGGGGGGCUUGCGGGGGGCCGCCUCGGCUGGAGACUUCUGCAGGAAUGGCACUGAGAUGGACGAGGCCUUCGCCAAGCAGGUGAAGGCUCUGGCUGAAUCCAUCGAUGAGGCGCUGAACUGCCAUCCUGAACCUGGGGGCGGGGUUGGUGGUGGGGCCAGUGGCUCCCCCUGCCUGGAGAAGAGCGAGUCACGAGAGCAACAGGGCGACAGCGCAGCUACCUCCUUCUCUGAUGUCACCCUCUACCUGGACGAGGGGCUGCCAGGCUCCUCCCUCAGCCUUGAGCGGCCCCCCAGUGCCAGCGAGGCCCCUCCUCCAGCUGCUGCUGAAGCCCCGCCUUCAGGCUCCCAAGCCCCUCUCCCUCCUCAAUACUGGGAGGGUGGGGCUGGCCCACGCCGUGGCCCUGGCCCCCCCUGCCUGGACUGCCGUGACUUCCGACUACGGGGAGCCCACCUGCCCUUGCUCACCAUAGAGCCCCCCAGUGACGGUUCUGUGGACCUCAGCGACCGCUCUGAUCGUGGCUCCCUGCACCGCAGCCUGCUCUACGACCCUGAGGGAGCAGGGCCAGGCCAGGCUCCAACCCCUGGCCCUGGAGGAGGAGGAGGAGGAGGAGUGGCUCCCGUUGGGCGCCCCCCCCACCCCCCCCCCGGUCCUGGGGGAGGGGGAGGGGUGGGGCCUGGCAGUGGAGGGGGUGGGGUUUGCAAACAGACCUACCAGCGGGAGACACGGCACAGCUGGGACUCGCCUGCUUUUAGCAACGACGUGGUCCAGCGCCGGCAGUACCGCAUCGGCCUCAACCUCUUCAACAAGAAGCCAGAGAAGGGGAUCCAGUACCUGAUUGAACGUGGAUUCCUAUCGGACACACCCGUGGGUGUCGCCCAUUUCAUCCUGGAGCGCAAGGGUCUGAGCCGCCAGAUGAUUGGCGAGUUCCUUGGCAACCGCCAGAAGCAGUUCAACCGUGAUGUCCUCGACUGUGUGGUGGAUGAGAUGGACUUCUCCAACAUGGAACUGGAUGAGGCCCUUCGCAAGUUCCAGUCCCACAUCCGCGUCCAGGGGGAGGCCCAGAAAGUUGAGCGACUCAUUGAAGCCUUCAGCCAGCGCUACUGUGUCUGCAACGCUCCGCUGGUGCGCCAGUUCCAGAACCCGGACACCAUCUUCAUCUUGGCUUUCGCUGUGAUCCUGCUUAACACAGACAUGUACAGCCCCAGCGUGAAGGCUGAGCGCAAGAUGAAGCUGGAGGACUUCAUCAAGAACCUCCGAGGGGUGGACAAUGGAGAGGACAUUCCACGGGAGUUACUGGUCGGCAUCUACCAGCGCAUCCAGAGUCGUGAGCUCCGGGCCAGUGAUGACCAUGUCUCCCAGGUCCAGGCUGUGGAGCGCAUGAUCGUGGGCAAGAAGCCGGUGCUGUCGCUACCCCACCGGCGCCUGGUCUGCUGCUGCCAACUCUAUGAGGUGCCUGACCCCAACCGGCCACAGCGCAUGGGACUGCACCAGCGUGAAGUCUUCCUCUUCAAUGACCUGCUUGUGGUGACAAAGAUCUUCCAGAAGAAGAAGAUCCUGGUGACCUACAGCUUCCGUCAGAGCUUCCCCUUAGUUGACAUGCACAUGCAGCUCUUCCAGAAUUCAUAUUAUCAAUUCGGGAUUAAGCUGCUGUCGGCAGCACCUGGUGGGGACCGGAAGGUUCUGAUCAUCUUCAAUGCACCGAGCUUGCAGGACCGGCUACGCUUCACCAGCGACCUGCGUGAGUCGGUGGCUGAGGUGCAGGAGAUGGAGAAAUACCGCGUGGAGUUGGAGCUGGAGAAGCAGAAGGGGGUGCAGCGGGGGCCCCCAGGUGGGGGUUCUGGGGGGGAUGCAGUGAAUGGGUCACUGUCACGGGGCAGCCUGGAUGACUCUUAUGCGCUGGCUGAUGGUCUCAAGCGUAGUGCCCUCAGCAGCUCCUUGCGUGACCUCUCUGAAGCUGGCAAGCGGGGGCGUCGAAACAGCGUGGGAUCCUUGGACAGCACCAUCGAAGGAUCUAUUAUUAGCAGCCCCCGGCCCCACCAGCGGGUACCUGCACCACCACCUCCAGAGGAGUACAAGGCACCUGGGCGCCCUGUCUCCAACUCUUCCUCCUUCCUGGGCUCUCUGUUUGGAAGCCGGCGGGGAAAGGCUCCCUUCCCAGCAGGCCCCGGGCAGGCCUCGGCUUCACAUCACCCGGGGGCCCCCUCCAACCCAAAGCCCAAGGCUGUCAAUCGCAUCAGCACCGUGGUGUGA